AUUUUACGCCAACCGUCGUCCUACAAAUACAAAUAAAGGUUAUAAAUUAUUUCCCUUUGGAAAAAAAAUUCAGUAAAAAAAAAAAUGUUACAACUAUGCAAUGACAUAAUUUUACUAAUAUUAGAAGAAUUUCAAGAUGAUGUCAAAUCAUUAUUUUCAUGUCUUUUAGUCAAUAAAACCUGGUGUGAAGCAACAGUACCAAUUUUAUGGAAGAAUCCUUCUAAACAAUUUUUACCAGCCGAUGAAUCAUUAAAAAUUCUAUUUAAUGUGAUACUUUCACAUUUAUCUGAAGAAUCAAGAAAUAAUGUGAAAAAUCAAGGAAUUGAUCUUUUUAUGGAAGAAUUUGAAUUUCGACGACCUUUAUUUAAUUAUAUUAGUUUUUGGAAACAUUUAAAUUUAUAUUUCUUAAAAUAUAUGAUAAGUAAAAAUGUAACAAGAAUUGAAAUAUCUAAUAGAUUUAUUGUAGGUAAUGAAGUAUUGAAAUUAUUUAUUAAUAAUGAUACAAAAUUUAUUUCCCUUUCUAUUCCAAAAAUGAAUUUUUUUCAUAUUUCAGGAUCUGAAAAUUGUUUUUCAAAACUUGAAAAUUUUCAUUGUGAUAAUAAUAUUGAUAGUAAAAUUUUAGAAAGAUUGGCUAUAGUAAAUAAGUCAAUUAAAAAAUUGACUUUUGAGUGUAACAGUACCAUUAAUCAUGGAAUCGUUAAAUUUGUUGAAGUUCAAAAAAAUUUGAAAGAAAUCAAUCUUACCUCAACAAAAGGAAAUGAAAUAUAUCGUCAAUCUCUUGAAGAAUUAUUAAUCAAAUGUGCUGAUACUGUUCAACAUUUAAAAAUAAAUUGGAAUCCUGUCACUAAAUUCCUUUCAUAUCUCGUAAAUUUAGUUAGUUUAGAAAUAAUGAAUUCUGUUGUUUGUUUUUUUAAAAUAAAUGAGAAUCAUUUGGAAAAAGUAUCUUUACCACAUUUAAAAUUUUUAAAAGCAAAAAGUAUUUCAUCAAAUAUUUUAACAAAUAUUAUUGAAAAUACGAAAGGUUAUCUUAUUGAAAUCACUAUUCUUCAUCAAACUGAAGAUGAUGGAAAACUUAUUCAGAAAAUUUAUCAAAAUUGUCCUAAACUUAAUUAUCUUAAAUUAUCAUUAUAUAAUAGUGAUAUUUCAGAAUUUCAAAAUUUGUUAAAGAGUUGUCAAUUUUUAAUUGGAAUAGAAAUUGUUGAUGUUUCUGUUGAAUGGAAAGAAUUAUUUGAUGUAUUAGCAAAACUUUCACCAAUUAGUUUGUUUAAAUUUAAAUUUUCUGCUGAAUAUUUUAUUUGGGAACAUAAAUUGGAAUCUUUAAAAUCAUUUCUUGAUACUUGGAAGGAUAGACCUUCUAUGUUAUUACAAAUAAGUAUAACAGGAUUAAGAGGAUUUGCAAGUUGUAGAAUUCCAUGGCAACAUCAUCAACAAGAGCCACGGCAAAGAUUAGAAGCAUUAUUACGAAGAUAUAGAACAUAUGGUGUAAUUAAAAGAUACGAAAUUGGUGGUAUUGAUUUUGAAGAUUUUGAAUGGAUCCAAAAAAGAACCCCGACUUAUACUUUAAUAGUUUAAAAAUUUUAUAAAUUGGAAAAUAUAUUUAGUCAGUAUUAGUUUUUUUUUUGCCUGUUUUUCUUAUAUAUAUAUAUUUUCGGUUAAACAUUUAUUUAAGUAAUAUAUUUUAUAAAUUUAGUUAUAGUAUAGUUA